GUCGUGAACUGGUCGUGUGCCCUAUCGGCAGCGCGAGGGCGAGAAUCCUUCCUCUCUCCCCCGAUGGCGACCGCCGCCAUGGCCGCGGCCGCCUCCUCGCGGGCCUUCCUCCGCCCCCACCGCCCCCUCCUCCUCCUCUCCCACCGCCGCCGCUUAUAUGCGACCCCCGCCGCGGCGGCGGUCACGGAAGCCCGGCGCGGUGUCGUGGACGUGCUCCGGGAGCGCGGGCUCGUGGAGGCGACCACCUCGGAGGCGCUCGCGACGGCGCUCCCCGGGGAGCUCAAGGUGUACUGCGGCUUCGACCCCACCGCAGAGAGCCUGCACCUCGGCAACCUCCUCGGCCUCGUCGCGCUCUCCUGGUUCCGCCGAUGCGGCCACACCGCCGUCGCGCUCAUCGGCGGCGCCACCGGCCGCGUCGGUGACCCCUCCGGCAAGAGCGCCGAGCGCCCCGAGCUGGACAUCGCCGCAGUCUCCGCCAACUCCGACGCCAUCAAGUCCCUCGUCGCCCGGAUCCUCGGCCGCGUUCCCGAGCCAGCGCACCAUACCCAAUCCGGUGAAAACGCAGCUUUGAGGCAAAAUGAGCAGCCUUUGCCCAAUUCGGAAGCAGAAUUGUCAGAGAAGAUGGGUUCUUUCGUGAUCCUGGAUAACUACGACUGGUGGAAGGACAUCACGCUGCUGGAUUUCCUCAAGGAAGUGGGGAGGUUCGCGCGUGUAGGGACGAUGAUCGCCAAGGAGAGCGUCAAGAAGCGGCUCGCGUCGGAGGACGGCAUGAGCUACACCGAGUUCACCUACCAGCUCCUGCAGGGCUACGACUUCCUGCACAUGUUCAAGAACAUGGGUGUCAAUGUGCAGAUCGGGGGCAGUGACCAGUGGGGGAACAUCACGGCGGGAACCGAGUUGAUUCGGAAGAUCUUGCAAAUCGAGGGGGCGCACGGCCUGACGUUUCCGCUAUUGCUGAAGAGCGACGGGACCAAGUUUGGGAAGACAGAGGAGGGCGCAAUCUGGCUCUCACCGAAGAUGCUCUCUCCAUACAAGUUCUAUCAGUACUUCUUUGCGGUGCUGGAUGUCGACGUCAUCAGGUUUAUGAGAAUCCUAACGUUCCUGAGCUUGGAUGAGAUUCAGGAGCUGGAAGAGUCUAUGAAGAAGCCUGGAUAUGUGCCAAACACAGUUCAGAAGAGGCUUGCAGAAGAGGUGACCCGUUUCGUCCAUGGCGAGGAGGGGUUGGCGGAGGCGUUGAAGGCAACUGAGGCCUUGAGGCCUGGGGCUCAGACACAAUUGGACGCACAAACAAUUGAGGGGAUAGCAGAUGAUGUACCGUCAUGCUCUUUAGCUUAUGAUCAAGUAUUGAAAUCUCCCCUGGUUGAUCUGGCUGUUUCGACAGGCUUGCUUGCUAGCAAGUCGGCGGUUAGGCGGCUCAUCAAGCAAGGUGGUCUGUACUUGAAUAACAGUAGGAUUGAUAGCGAGGAUAAAUUGGUUGAGGAAGCUGAUAUAGUUGAUGGGAAGGUGCUGCUGCUGUCUGCCGGAAAGAAGAACAAGAUGGUUGUGAGGAUAUCUUGAUUGUUCUUAUUUGUUCAUUGUACUUAAUUUUCGGACAUUGAGGAAGAAUAGUAACGGCGCUGAGUCUUGUAUUCAAAUUAGCUGUCCACGAACAUACAGAUUGUUAAGUUGGAAAGGUUGAAUACACAUUCGUUUUGCUCUUCU